ACAUGGCCGCACCCAUUGUAAAAGUUCGAGAUAUCGCGUUGAUUAAUGAUUAGUUUAAGAAUAAGCUGAAAUUCCGUCAAAUUUGAAUUUAUUCUUGUUUUAAAUUGAAAUGAUUCGAAAGUUUAAUAUACAAUGGUAUUGUCGUUGUUUGAAAAAUUUUUCGCGAUGUAUACAUGUACGUACGUGGAAAGAAGAACAUUGGGCAUGUAUGCACGUAUAUCGCAUGUAUGCUCGUUUUUCGUAAAUAAACAAGAUCAGUAAAUCAAUCGAUAAAAUGUCAAUUGACAGUGUCAUUUUAAAUAUUGUUAUUGAAAAAUUAAAAAAUAAAUAUAAAAUGUUAAUUAUCAAAAAUCACGAUUCUAUUUAAAUAAAACAAGGUACAAAAAUCACGUACGUACCUGUAGCGUACGGUAUAUUUAGAUAGUGUAAUGCUUUAAUAUUAUGAUACAUAUAUAUAAUGUUACGUGAAAAUUAUGUGUAAUAUAUUUUGUCAUUGAAAGAAAGAUGUAUAGAUGAAUAUAUAAAAAUAUGUAUGUAUGUUGUUUGCUUUUAUAAAUGUACGUAUAUGAUUUACAUAUAUCACAUAUUACAUAUGCUGCAUAUGUAAUAUACCAUAAAGAUAAUAAUAAUUGUGUAUUCGUGGUAAAUGGAAAAGAAAAUUUAUCGAGUGAUUAGUCAAAAAAAUAUGCGGUUAGAAGAAAUGCCAUUACGUUUAAGCUCGGAUGAGCGAGAUUUUGAAAUGGAUGAAGAAACUGACUAUCUUCUCCAACCUUCUGAAGAUAGUAUACGACUUUUAACUUCACGAAGACGACGAAUAAAUAAUUUUUCUGUAUUCCUCAGGAGUUGCUUUUGCGGAUGUUGCACCUGGAUGUGGAGAAGAUGUUGCAGAGAACGUGAAUUAAGAGCCAGGGUUAUUCAAAUUGGUCAACAAAUGCAUGAAAAAUUUCCUACUAAUGUCAUCAGAAACCAAAAAUAUAAUAUUGUCACAUUUUUACCUCUGGUUCUUUUCCAACAAUUCAAAUUUUUUCUAAAUUUAUAUUUUUUGCUUAUGGCCAUAUCACAAUUCAUACCAGAUAUACGAAUAGGAUAUUUAUAUACAUAUUGGGGACCUUUAUGUUUUGUGUUAACUGUUACAAUUUGUCGAGAAGCAAUUGAUGAUUUUAGACGAUACAAAAGAGAUAAAGAAGUCAAUGCCCAAAAAUAUUAUAGAUUAGUAAAAGGUUUUGAUACUCCAGAAUUAGUACCAAGUUCUAAAUUGCGAGUGGGUGAUUUGGUUAUUGUAGAAAAAGGUCAAAGAGUUCCAGCUGAUUUGGUUCUUUUACGAACCACAGAAAAAUCUGGUGCAUGCUUUGUGAGAACUGAUCAAUUAGAUGGAGAAACAGAUUGGAAAUUACGAUUAGCUGUACCAGCUACACAAAAGUUAGAAAAUAAUUCUCAACUGUUCGAUAUAAAAGCUAGCAUAUAUGUUGAGAAACCACAAAAAGAUAUUCACAGUUUUAUUGGAACAUUUACAAGGUAUGAUGGAUAUAGCAGUGAAGAAAGUUUAGGUGUGGAUAAUACUUUAUGGGCUAAUACAGCAAUUGCAUCAGGUUCAGCUCUUGGUGUUGUAGUUUAUACUGGACAAGAAACUAGAUCUCUCAUGAAUCAUUCUGCACCACGAUCGAAAGUUGGUUUAUUAGAUCAGGAAAUAAAUCAAUUGACAAAAGUUUUAUUUUGUGCUGUAAUUGGAUUAGCAUUAGUAAUGAUGUCUUUAAAAGGAUUUAAUGGACCAUGGUAUCGUUAUAUGUUUCGUUUUGUUUUAUUAUUUUCUUAUAUAAUACCAAUCAGUUUAAGAGUAAAUUUAGAUAUGGGGAAAGCUUUUUAUGCUUGGUGUAUACAAAGAGAUAAGGAAAUUGCUGGAACUGUUGUCAGAACUACUACUAUUCCGGAAGAACUUGGACGUAUUUCAUAUUUAUUAAGUGACAAGACUGGCACAUUGACACAGAAUAAAAUGGUUUUCAAAAAAUUACAUUUGGGUAUGAUAUCUUAUGGUCAAGAAACGUUUGAUGAAGUUAUGACCGUAUUACAAACAUGUUAUGCAAAUUCUGAAACUUCACCGGUAAAACCAUCAACAUCUAUACAUAGUGGAAAAGUAAGAAGAUCUGAAAGUACUAGAAUAUAUGAUGCAGUUCAUGCUUUGGCAUUAUGUCACAAUGUAACACCAGUUUAUGAUGAAAUAACUAAAUCAGCUAAUUUGGAUACAAUGAGCGUACAGACAGCAGAAACAGGAGAUUCUGGUUCUAUUCAAAGUCAAACUGAAGCAGAUCAACAUUAUUAUGUACCAGAACAAAAACGUAAUUAUCAGGCUUCUAGUCCAGAUGAAGUAGCAUUAGUUAAAUGGACGGAAGAGAUGGGAUUAGCAUUAGUGAAACGCGAUUUAAAUUUCAUGCAAUUAAAAGCUCCAAAUGGCAAAAUUUUGAACUAUACAAUCUUACAAAUAUUUCCAUUUACAUCAGAAACCAAACGGAUGGGAAUAAUAGUGAAAGAAGAAUCUAGUUCUGAAAUAGUAUUUUAUUUAAAAGGUGCAGAUGUAGUAAUGUCCGGAAUAGUACAAUAUAAUGAUUGGCUUGAAGAAGAAUGUGGUAAUAUGGCUAGAGAAGGUUUAAGAACUUUAGUUGUUGCAAAAAAGAAUUUAACAGAAGAACAGUAUCUUGAUUUUGAAGCAAGAUAUAAUUCAGCAAGAAUGAGCGUCAGUGAUCGUGUUUCAAGAGUUGCUGCAGUUGUAGAAAGUUUAGAACGAGAAAUGGAAUUAUUAUGUGUAACUGGUGUUGAAGAUAGAUUACAAGAUAGAGUAAGACCUACAUUGGAAUUAUUAAGAAAUGCUGGUAUUAAGAUUUGGAUGUUAACAGGUGACAAAUUAGAAACAGCAACUUGUAUAGCAAAAUCUUCGCGUUUAGUUUCACGGACACAAAGCCUUCAUGUUUUUAAAUCAGUGGUAACUCGUACAGAUGCGCAUUUGGAAUUAAAUACGUUUCGUAAAAAACAAGAUUGUGCCUUAGUCAUCAGUGGAGAUUCUUUAGAGGUAUGCUUACAAUAUUAUGAACAAGAAUUUUUGGAACUAGCAUGCGGUUCACCGGCUGUUGUUUGCUGUCGAUGUUCACCCACGCAAAAAGCGGAAGUUGUAAGUCUUAUUCAAAGACAUACUGGCAAGAGAACUGCAGCUGUCGGUGACGGGGGAAAUGAUGUAUCAAUGAUACAAGCAGCAGAUGCUGGUAUAGGUCUUGAAGGUCUUGAAGGAAGACAAGCUUCUUUGGCUGCAGAUUUUUCCAUUUCUCAGUUUAGUCAUUUGGCUAAUCUUUUGUUAGUUCACGGACGUCGAAGCUACAAACGUUCUGCUGCUUUAAGUCAAUUUGUUAUUCAUCGAGGUUUAAUUAUUUCUACUAUGCAAGCUGUGUUUUCUGCUGUCUUUUAUUUAUCAUCUGUAUCAUUAUAUCAAGGAUUUUUAAUGGUUGGUUAUGGAACAAUAUAUACGAUGUUUCCCGUAUUUUCUUUGGUACUAGAUAAAGAUGUAUCGGGAAAAAUUGCUCUUACUUACCCAGAACUUUAUAAAGAACUUAGUAAGGGCCGAUCAUUGUCCUAUAAGACAUUCUUUAUGUGGAUUUUAAUAAGUAUAUAUCAAGGAGGUGUUAUAAUGUAUGGCGCACUCAUUAUGUUUGAAGAUGAAUUUAUUCAUAUAGUGGCCAUAAGUUUUACAGCACUCGUCUUGACGGAAUUAAUAAUGGUAGCUUUAACUAUUAGAACAUGGCAUCAUAUUAUGAUACUUGCAGAGAUUUUCUCAUUGGCACUUUAUUUAUUAUCUCUAGUCGUUCUCAAAGAUUAUUUUGAUGCCGAAUUUAUCAAGACUACCGAUUUUCUGUGGAAAGUAUUACUUAUAACUUUAAUUUCUUGUAUGCCAUUAUAUAUCUUGAAAUUUUUACGAAAAAAAUUUUCACCUCCUAGUUACACCAAAUUAUCUUAAAUUUUACAUAAUAUUGUCACUUUAAAUAAUAAAAAUAACAUAUAUGAAAUGUUGACAAAAUUUUGAAUUGAAAAAGUAGUAAAAUUUUUUUUGAAAUUAAUUAACUAUUUC